GCCUGAGAAGCGUCCCAUUUCCACUUUGCUGCCCCCAGUAAAGCAUCGCCUUGGCCAUGAAGGCAACCGGUGUUUUCCUGCUCCUCUCCCUGGCACUCUGCUGCUACCAAGGAAACGCUGAGAUGGAUGGAGCUGCUGGCAGAGGAACAGAGCCAGCCUGUGGCAAUUAUAACCUAGGAAAAGGUUGUACCAAGAUCUUUGACCCCGUCUGUGGCACGGACAACCUCCUGUACGGCAACGAGUGUCUGCUGUGCCUUCAGAACCUGCAAAGAAACACUAACGUGCGUAUAAAGAACAGGGGAAUGUGCCAAAAGCCCUCUCCACGCUCCAACUCCGCUGGAAACUAAAAGGCGCAACGGUUCCGGAGAAGAGAGCACA